AUGGAGCUGGUCAACAGGACUGGAGUACAGGAAUUCAUUUUGGUGGGAUUUGCAGUCGGGGAACAGGAACGGUUCCUGCUCCUCAUCUUUUUUGCCAUUCUCUACAUGUUGACAUUGGUUGAGAACCUCACCAUCAUCACACUGGUGGUUCUGGACACCCACUUGUCCCGGCAGCCCAUGUACAUCCUGCUGAGCAACUUUUCCUGGCUGGAGAUCUGUUACGUGAGCACCACUGUGCCCCGGAUGCUGUUUGACUUGCCUUCCCCUUAUGGGAUUAUCCCCUUCAGUUCCUGCUUCCUUCAGUUCUACCUCUUCUUUUCGCUCGGCAACACCGAAUGCUUAUUCCUCUCAGCCAUGGCCUUGGACCGGUACUUGGCCAUCUGCCACCCUCUGCAUUACCCACAAAUCAUGUCCCAAGACUUCUGCUGUGUCUUAGUUGCCACUUGUUGGGCCAUUGGUUGCCUGUGGCACAUUAUCCCAGUGGCUUUGAUCUCCAAGUUGUCCUUCUGCGGCCCCAACAUCAUCGACCACUUUUUGUGUGAUCCUGUGCCCAUUUUGUCUCAGGCCUGCCCCCCACUAGGCAUAGCCCCCACUGUGUACAAGAUUUUUAUGAAUGCUGUUGUCGUAGGCAACGUCUCUUUUGUUGUGGUGUCCUAUAGUGCUGUGACUUUCACCCUGCUGAAAGCCUCCAACAGAGGCAAUCGCAGGAAGGCCUUCUCCACCAUAUCUUUACACUUAGUGGUGGUGACCCUCUUCUACGGUUCUGUGGCCGAGAUGUACUUGACUCCAGGUGGAGAAAAUCAGUCAGAGGUCACGAAGGCUGUCACCCUUUUCUACACUGCCGUGACACCCUUUCUCAACCCCCUGAUCUACUGUCUCAGGAACGAUCAGGUGAAGGAGGCGCUGGGCAGGUUGGUGAAGAAAAAGGAGAGGUUGCAGAGGAAAACCAUGACAGUGUAA